AGGGCCGGGAGAGGCCAGGAGGUGCGGAGGAGAAAGAGCCAGAGAGAGAGAAAAGAGUGGUGGCUGACGCCUGCGGAUUUGGGAUUGGAUCCAGAGACAAGGCUCACUCGCGGGAAAUGGGUUCUGUACCACAGCUGACCAACGUUUUCACUUUCCUGUUUUCCAGCUUCUGGCAUUUAGGAUUUACAGCAACAAACUACAACUGUGUUGAGCCUUUAGCAGCUGUGCUCUCUCCAAUGGCUUUUACCAGCUCCUCCGAUCUCACCGGUACUCCCAGCGCAGCACAGCUCAACAGGAGAGUUGGAAUUGGUGGUUGGUCCCCAGCUGACUCCAGUGCCCAACAGUGGCUCCAGUUAGACUUCGGAAACCGAGUGGAGAUUACAGCAGUGGCCACACAGGGAAGAUAUGGAAGCUCUGACUGGGUGACGAACUACAGCCUGAUGUUCAGCGACACAGGGCACAACUGGAAGCAGUAUAGGCAAGAAGACAGCAUCUGGACCUUCUCGGGGAACGUGAAUGCUGACAGCGUGGUGCACCACAAGCUCCCACACUCUGUGAGAGCCCGCCUCAUUCGCUUUGUGCCCUUGCGGUGGAACCCAAGUGGGAAGAUUGGCAUGAGGGUCGAGGUCUAUGGAUGCUCCUACAAAUCUGACAUUGCCAACUUUGACGGCCGGAGCUUGCUGCUGUACAGGUUCAGUCAGAAGCUCAUGAGCACUCUCAAAGAUGUCAUCUUCCUCAAGUUUAAGAGCCUGCAAGGAGAUGGGGUCCUGUUCCACGGAGAGGGUCAACGCGGAGACCACAUUACCCUGGAGCUCCAGAAAGGAAGGCUCGCCCUGCAUCUCAACUUGGAUGACAGUACGGCCAGGCUCCGCACCAGCCCACCUUCAGCCACCUUGGGCAGCCUUCUCGACGACCAGCACUGGCACUCAGUCCUGAUUGAGCGGGUGGGAAAGCAGGUGAACUUCACCGUGGACAGGCACACACAGCACUUCUGGUCCAAGGGUGCAGCAGACUCCUUGGACAUUGACUAUGAGCUCAGUUUUGGAGGGAUACCAGUACCAGGCAAACCCGGGACCUUUUUAAAGAAAAAUUUUCAUGGAUGUAUUGAAAAUCUCUACUAUGACAGAGUAAACAUAAUUGACCUGGCUAAGAGACGGAAGCAUCAAAUCCAUACUGUGGGCAAUAUCACUUUUUCCUGCUCUGAACCAUCCAUCGUUCCCAUCACAUUUGUCAACUCCAACAGCAGUUACUUGCUGCUGCCCGGCACCCCACGAAUCAAUGGGCUCUCAGUGAGUUUUCAGUUUCGAACAUGGAAUGAGGACGGGGUGCUUCUGUCCACAGAGCUGUCUGAGGGUUCGGGGACCCUGCUGCUGAGCCUGGAGGGCGGCAUCCUGAGGCUCCUCAUCCAGAAAACCACCCAGCAUGUCGCAGAAAUCCUCACAGGCAGCAAUCUGAAUGAUGGCUUGUGGCAUGUGGUCAGCCUCAGUGCCAGAAGGAACCGCAUCACUCUCACUCUGGAUAAUGGUGCAGCACCCGCAGCUCAAGACACUACCCCGGUGCAGAUUUACUCAGGAAGCAGCUACUACUUCGGAGGGUGCCCCGACCAUCUCACCGAGUCCCAACGUCUCAGUCCCGUUAAGGCUUUCCAAGGCUGCAUGAGGCUCAUCUUCAUUGAUAACCAGCCCAAGGACCUCAUUUCAGUUCAGCAAGGUGCCCUGGGGAAUUUUAGUGGUUUACAUAUUGAUCUGUGCAGCAUCAAAGACAGGUGCUUGUCAAACUACUGUGAACAUGGAGGGAGCUGCUCCCAGUCCUGGUCCACCUUCCAUUGUAACUGCAGUGGCAUGGGCUACACUGGUGCUACCUGCCAUAACUCCAUCUAUGAGCAGUCCUGCGAGGUUUACAUGCAUCAAGGGAACGCAGUCGGCUUCUUCCACAUCGACACAGAUGGCAGUGGGCCCCUGGCACCUGUCCGAGUGGACUGCAGUAUCACUGAGGACAAGAUCUGGACAACAGUGCAGCACAACAACUCAGAGCUGACACCUGUACAGAGCUACAGCCAUGAGAAGUCCUACACCAUAACCUUGGACUACAGCGGCAGCAUGGAGCAGCUGGAGGCUCUGAUUGACAGCUCAGAGCACUGCGAACAAGAGGUGGCUUACCACCGUAGGAGGUCUCACCUGGUCAGCACAGCAGAUGGAGCACCAUACAUCUGGUGGAUUGGGCGGUCCAAGGAGAAGUUUCCAUUCUGGGGAGGUUCCCCACCCGCCUCCCAGCAGUGUGAAUGUGGCCUGGACAAAGGUUUCCUGGAUAUUCCACACUUUUGCAACUGUGAUGUGCACAAGGAUGAAUGGACGAAUUAUACUGGUUUGCUUUCCUUCAAAGAGCAGUUGCCUGUUACUCAAAUAGUUAUCCCUCAUACCAACAGAUCAAACUUAGAAGCUGCUUGGAGAAUUGGUCCCUUGCGUUGCUAUGGAGAUCGACACUUGUGGAAUGCGGUCACAUUUGACACAGAAGCCUCUUACCUCCACUUCCCUGCCUUCCAUGCGGAAUUCAGUGCCGACAUUUCCUUCUUCUUUAAAACCACGGCUUUAUCUGGAGUUUUCCUGGAAAAUCUUGGCUUGAAAGACUUUAUACGACUUGAAAUGAGCGCUCCUUCUGAGGUCACUUUUGCCAUUGAUGUUGGGAAUGGCCCCACUGAGCUCAUUGUCCAGUCUCUUUCCCCUCUGAAUGACAACCAGUGGCACUAUGUCAGGGCUGAGAGGAACCUCAAGGAGACCACGCUGCAGGUUGACAAGCUCCCCAGGAGCACCAGAAUGACUGCAGAGGACAGCCAUUUCCGGCUACAACUCAAUGGCCAGUUGCUUGUAGGAGGCACUUCAUCGAGACAGAAAGGCUUCCAAGGAUGUAUCCGCUCCUUACGUAUGAAUGGGCAGAAACUGGACCUGGAGGAGAGAGCCAGGGGCACAUCUGGAGUCAGGCCUGGCUGCCCAGGCCACUGCAGCAGCUAUGGCAGCAUCUGUCACAAUGGGGGCAGGUGUGUGGAGAAGCACAGUGGUUACCUAUGUGACUGUACCAGUUCACCGUAUGAAGGGGCCUUUUGCAGCAAAGAGGUUUCUGCUGUUUUUGAGGCUGGGACAUCAGUUACUUACACAUUUCAAGAACCCUACCCUGUGACCAAGAACUUCAAUCUAUCAUCUUCAGCUCUUUAUGCAGACGCAGCGCCAUCCAAGGAGAACAUUGCACUUAGCUUUAUGACAGAUCGGGCACCCAGCCUCUUGCUCUUCAUUAAUUAUUCUUCUCAGAACUUCCUGGCCACUCUGCUCUGCAAGAAUGGAAGCUUACAGGUUCGCUAUCAGUUGAGCAAGGAAGACACCCACGUAUUCACCAUUGAUACAGAGAACUUUGCUAAUGGAAAGAUGCAUCACUUGAAGAUAAACCGAGAGGGGAGGGAGCUUACCAUGCAGGUGGACCAGCUCAGCUGUAACUUCUCCCUGGAAACCAAGCUUAGGUGGGCCAGGUCCUUGACCCUGGGCAAAGUCACAGAGAGUCUUGUCCUGGAUUCUGAAGUCGCUAAAGCAAACAGCUUGGGUUUCCUCGGAUGCCUGUCUUCAGUCCAGUAUAACCACAUAGCACCAUUGAAGGCAGCCCUGCGUCACGCCACCACUGCACCUGUGACCAUCCAAGGGACCUUGGCGGAAGCCAGCUGUGGCUCCAUGGUGGAUUCCACUGCCAAUGCAGUGACCACUGAUCAUUCUUCAUCAGAUCCUUUUGAGAAGGCAGAUGAGCGGGAACCACUCACUAGUGCAGUUCGAAGUGUUUCAGCCAUCUUCGGAGGGGUCAUAGCACUGGUGAUAUUCGUCACCGCUUGCAGCAUAAGUGUCACGAUCCGCUUCCUGUACCAGCACAAGCAGGCCCUUCGCACAAGCCAGAUGAAGAAGGAAUACCCUGAAGAUUUGGACAGCGCCUUCAGAAAUGAGAUUGACUUACAGGACACAGCGAAUGAGCGUAAACAGGAGCAUUUCAUCUGA